AUGUCAGUCAGAAUGGCUCCUCCUCUUGCUCUGAUCUUUCUGAUCUUGAUUCACGGGGUUUCUAGUGCUAAUUGGGGUGUGAAUUACAGACAUUCACACAUCUGUGCACUAAAGGACUCAUCAGUGAUAAUGAGCUGCACUUAUACAUACCCUACUGGAUAUCAGAUCAUGAAAGUGUUCUGGACCAAAAACCCUGUACAGGGUGAAAAGCUUAGAGAUCUGUCUAAGAACCCUGAAUACAGUCAGAGGCUUCAGUAUCUGGGAGAUAAACAGAAGAACUGCACCAUCAGACUGAGUCAUGUGACACAGAAGGAUGAACACAUGUACUAUUUCAGAUUCACUACUAAUGUAACAGAUGGAAAAUGGACCGGUAAUCCAGGAGUGAGUCUUACUGUAACAGAUCUUCAGGUGGAGGCUCCUGAGAGAGUGACAGAGGGUCAUAAUGUCAGUCUGACAUACCCACCUAAGAGUGUCUCAGUGUCCAUCAGUCCAUCUGGUGAAAUAGUGGAGGGAGAUUCAGUGACUCUGAGCUGCAGCAGUGAUUCAAACCCACCUGCAGAAAUCAGCUGGUUUAAAGGAGAAACGUUUGUAGGAUCUGGAAGAAUCUACAGCAUCUCAAAGAUCAGCUCUGAUCACAGUGGAGAAUACAAGUGCAAGUCCAGAAAUAAACAUGGAGAGACGUACUCUGACACUAUGACUUUAAAUGUCAUGUAUCCUCCCAGGAACGUCUCAGUGUCAAUAAAUGGAUCUGGUGAAGUAGAAGGAAAUUCAGUGACUCUGAUCUGCAGCAGUGAUUCAAACCCACCUGCAGAAAUCAGCUGGUUUAAGGAGAAUCAAAGUUCAGCUGUUGGAUCUGGACAGAGUUUCAGUGCACUACAGAGUGGACACUUCUACUGUGAGGCUCACAAUCAACACGGAUCUCAGAGAUCAGAUGCUGUUACUGUCACUGUUAAAGGACGUCUGGUGAUAUUACACAUAUCUAUGGUUUGUGGAGCUUGUGGAGCUUGUGGAGCUGCAAUUUUCAUCAUCACGAUGCUGAUUGUGUACGAUAUGUGUGUGUGGUACUAUGCAAUGUCUGUAAAUGAGUGA